AUGACUACCCCCCCCAACCCCACCACCACCGCACCCACAAUCUCACCCACCUCCCUCCUCCCCCUCCUCCCCACCCCCUCCCUCCUCCUCAUCGACGUCCGCCGCACCGACUACGAAGGCGGCGCCAUCCACGGCAGCCUAAACCUACCCGCGCAAUCCUUCUACGCGAACAGAAGCGUGCUGUACGACUUGUGCAAGCGCGCAGGCGUCAGACGCGUAGUUUUUUACUGUGGAUCAUCCAACGGCCGAGGACCGCGCUGUGCAGCCUGGUUUGCAGAGUACAUCGACGAGCGGCAGGAUGGCGAAAUGGUGGCGUUGACGCUCGAGGGUGGGAUCAAGGGGUGGGUGAAGGCAGGGGAGGCUUAUACGCAAUGUGUGGAUGGGUAUGAGGCUGGGCAUUGGAAACAGUUUGAUUAG